AUGCCUCCAGUUUCAACGUCAAAGGCUAAGAGAGAAGCUAAGAAGGCUGAAAGAGACGCCAAAAGAACUGCAGCUGGUAAGACUACUACGUCUAGAAGAACCAAGAAGAAGGAAUCAGAGAUUGAUGAGCAGGAUGCAGCAGCAGAAGAGAUUGCUAAAUUGAAGUUACAGCAAGAUAAAGAUGGUAUUUCUGAUCGUGUGGUUACUGGUGUCCUUGAUUCACUAGAAACGUCCAGAGAUAUUAAAUUGUCAUCGGUCUCGCUGUUAUUUCACGGGAAAGUGUUGAUUCAAGACUCCCAAUUGGAACUGAAUUAUGGCCGUAGAUAUGGUUUGUUGGGUGAGAAUGGGUGUGGUAAGUCUACCUUUUUGAAGGCUAUUGCUUCAAGGGAGUACCCAAUCCCGGAACACAUCGAUGUGUAUUUGUUGGAUGAACCAGCUGCUCCAACGGAGUAUUCUGCUUUAGAAUAUGUGGUGCGUGAGGCUCAGAACGAGCUAAAGAGAUUGGAAGACUUGGUUGAAAAGAUUCUUCUGGAGGAUGGGCCAGAAUCAGAGCUUUUGGACCCAUUGUAUGAAAAGAUGGAUUCUCUAGACCCAUCUACCUUUGAGCCCAGGGCCGCUAUUAUUUUGAUUGGUUUAGGCUUCAACUCAAAGACUAUUAAUAAGAAGACUAAGGAUAUGUCUGGUGGUUGGAAGAUGCGUGUUGCUCUUGCGAAGGCGUUAUUUGUUAAGCCAACCUUGUUGUUGUUGGACGAUCCAACUGCUCACUUGGACUUGGAAGCAUGUGUUUGGUUGGAAGAAUAUCUAAAGAGGUUCGAUCGUACUUUGGUUUUAGUUUCGCAUUCUCAAGACUUUUUGAAUGGUGUUUGUACCAAUAUGCUCGAUAUGAGAUUGCAGAAGUUGACUGCUUAUGGUGGUAACUAUGAUUCUUACGUUAAAACUAGAUCCGAGUUGGAGACCAACCAAAUGAAACAGUAUCAUAAACAACAAGAAGAAAUUGCACACAUCAAGAAGUUUAUCGCUUCUGCUGGUACUUAUGCUAAUCUGGUCAAGCAAGCCAAGUCCAGACAAAAGAUUUUGGAUAAAAUGGAAGCUGAUGGCUUGGUCCAGCCAGUUGUUUCUGACAGAGUUUUCUCCUUCCGUUUCCCAGAAGUUGAGAGAUUGCCACCACCUGUUUUAGCUUUCGAUGAAAUUUCUUUCUCCUACGAUGAAAAACCAGAGAACAAUCUUUACGAAAACUUGAACUUCGGUGUUGAUAUGGAUUCCAGAGUUGCCCUUGUUGGUCCAAAUGGUGUUGGUAAGUCUACCUUGUUGAAAAUCAUGACUGGUGAAUUGACACCUCAAGGAGGCCGUGUUUCAAGACACACACAUGUUAAGCUAGGUGUUUAUUCCCAACAUUCCCAAGAUCAAUUGGACUUGACCAAAUCUGCCUUGGAAUUUGUUCGCGACAAAUAUGGGCAUAUCUCCGAAGACUUUCAAUACUGGAGAGGUCAAUUGGGUCGUUACGGUUUAACUGGUGAGGGGCAAACUGUGCAGAUGGGAACAUUGUCGGAAGGUCAACGUUCUCGUGUUGUUUUCGCUUUGUUGGCGCUGGACCAGCCGAAUGUUCUACUAUUGGAUGAACCUACAAAUGGUUUGGAUAUCCCCACAAUUGAUUCUCUAGCGGAAGCUAUUGAUGCAUUCAAUGGUGGUGUCGUGGUUGUUUCUCACGAUUUUAGGUUGCUGGACAGGAUCGCCAAAGACAUUUAUGUUGUCGAGCAUAAAACUGCUACUAGAUGGAAUGGCUCCAUCCUGGACUACAAGAACAAACUGGCUAAGAAUGUUAUCUUAUAG